GUGAGGACUGAGGAAUGACAGGUCGAUACGAUAAGAUAAGCGAUAGGAAGGAUAGUUGAAUUAAUUCUAAAAUUGCAUUUUAAUUGUUAUUACUCAUACAAUAAAAAGUGAGAAGAAUAUGUCUGAUAGUGGAGCUGAUAAUUACGAGACAUUUGAGCAAGAAUAUGUACUUUAUAAAAAUCGUCCUGAAUGGAAUGAUGUGACUCCAAUACCUCAAGAUGAUGGUGAACAGGCUGUUGUUCAAAUAGCUUAUUCAGAAAAAUUUAAAGAUACAUAUGACUAUUUUCGAGCUGUACUACAAUCUGGUGAAAAAUCCGAACGUGCUCUAGAGCUUACAAAAGAUGCACUAGAAUUAAAUCCAGCUAAUUAUACUGUUUGGCAAUAUCGACGUGAAAUAUUAUUUGCAUUAAAUAAAAAUUUAUGGGAUGAAUUGGAAUAUGUUAAAUCUGUGGCCAUGGAAUAUCCUAAAAAUUAUCAAAUAUGGCAUCAUAGACGAGUAUUAGUGGAACGUUUAAAUGAUGGAUCACAAGAAUUAGAAUUUACGGCAUUAAUAUUAAAACAAGAAGCGAAAAAUUAUCAUGCUUGGCAGCAUCGUCAAUGGGCAUUAAAAACAUUUAAUCUGUACGAGUUUGAAUUAGAUUAUGUGAAUGAAUUAUUGGAAGAUGAUUUACGGAACAAUUCUGCUUGGAAUCAACGAUACUUUGUAAUCAACAAUACAACAGGCUUUACUCCAGAGGUUUUACAAAGAGAAGUCCAAUAUACAUUAUCUAAAAUUGAAAUUGCUAAAGAUAACGAAAGCGCAUGGAAUUAUUUAAGAGGAUUAUUGCUUCAUGAAGAACGUUUAAUAAAUAAUACAACAGUUACAAAAUUCUGUGAAGAUUUGUAUAAAUCUGGCAACAAAUCGGUUUUCUUGCUUGCAUUAAUUGUAGACAUGUGUGAUGAAUUUAAUUCGUGUGGCAGUGAUGAUAAAUGGUACACAUUAGAUCUAUCAUUGAAAAUAUGUGAUGAAUUAGCUGAAGAACAUGAUACUAUACGUGAAAAAUAUUGGCGACAUAUUGCUGAAAAUAUUACAAAAAAACGUGAGAAGAGUACUGAAACUGAAACCGAUACUGAUACUCAAAGUAAAACUGAAUAAUUAAUUCUAUUUAAUUGUAAUUGUCUUGUAAUUGUAAUUUUUUUUAAUUUACGUUAAUUGCGCGCUUUUAAUUGUUGUAUAAUAGGAAUUUCCAAAUAUUUUAUUAUUUAAUUUUUUGUAUUUUAACA